AUGACGGUGGUUGCCACCAAGUUACAGGACUUGACCAAGUCGGUCGAUCCCUUUGGAGUGCCGCCCGAGAGGAUGGGCACCACCAGGAUCUUCUGGCAAUUUAUAAAGACAGCGGACGUACGACACCUGGCCGUCGGACAGUUACUGGACGCGGUCGAAGACGAGGUUGUUGCCGCAAUUGGCAUGCCGGACAUCCAAGUGCCCGAUAUUUUACGCCUGCCACGCCCCUCGCAGGACCGACUCAAGAAGUUCGGCAACUAUGUCGGUGUCGUGGAACUGCCGGACCAACCGCCCAUGGCGUACGUCGGCUCGUCCUGCAACAAGUCCAAGGGAAUGGCUCACAGGUGGAGGAGCUAUGAAAGCAACAUCAAGACCGGAACCAACCCCGGCAAGAUGGCCUUUGUCGAUGAGAUGUUGAAGCCUGGCGCAGAGAACCACAUCCGGGCUUUGUUCACCGUGGACGGUCCGCCCCGACUUCCAGCGUCUGUUGCUCGCAUGUAA